UACACUAUUAUACUGUACUAUAUGUGACAUCAAAAUACUGUAUAUAAUAAGAAAAACAUAGAUAUUAUGACUGAGAGAGAGCUGAUCCAUAUGUUUAGGUUUUGAUGGCAUGUAAUGGUUAGCAGCAGUAGUAGUAGUAGUAGUAGUAAUGGUUAGACUGACAGCAAGUCGGGCUUUAUUGGCUAUAAUUGUCAUUACUGUUGCCGUCAGUCUAUUGGUUACCAAUUAUAUAUGGCUUGACUUGGGAUCAGUUAGGCUGUCGUCGUCACCGAUAACAAGAUCAUCAAACCAUCCAAACAAUAGAGACCAUCAAUUAUCGGCCGCCACUACUACUACUACUAAUGCUAUGAAUGCCGAUAUCGGUGAUCACAGUCACUCAUAUCAUGUGAACUUAUUUAACGAAAAGCCGUGGUUCAUGAGUAAUGGCACCCGUAGGCCAACAAAACGAAUAUCCGGAUCGCUGGCCAUUUGGCCGGAAGAGUUGCCAACAGAUGACCGUAUAGUCAAUCAGUUGAUGUAUGUGCCCGACAGCUACGAUCGGCAAACAUCGCCAUUAAAGACAAUUGUACUGUAUAUGGGCCGAAACGGUUGGCACGAUCUGCCGAUGGGACGCAAUAAGUUUAUCGCCGACAAGUGUCCAGUCGAUAGGUGUGUGCUCAGCUCGAACGGUGCUCAGGCCGGCCAAGCGGAUGCCAUACUAUUCAAGGAACGUUUCCAGUGGCCAAAACAUCGCCGACCAGUCAACCAGAUAUGGAUACUAUUCCUAUUGGAGUGUCCCUCACAUACACAACUGUUCAACAGUUUGGGUGCCGAUGUAUUCAAUUGGACGGCCACUUACCGACACGAUUCUGAUAUUGUGGCCCCGUAUGAAAAGUUUGUGCCAUACAAACCGCUAAAUUUAAAUGUUGGUCUCAAUCAACAACAACAACAACAACAACAAAAUAAUAUGCAACUGUCAGCCGCCAAACGGAACUGGGCUCACGGUAAGACCAAGUACGUGGCCUGGUUUGUAUCAAAUUGUGGCGCCCGUAACAAACGGCUCGAGUAUGCCCGUCAACUGUCUCGUUAUAUUGAGGUCGACAUAUACGGCAGUUGCGGUAAUAAAAAGUGUCCGCGUAAUCGGGCCCAACAAUGCUUCGAUAUGUUGAACCGGGACUACCGUUUUUAUUUGGCUUUUGAAAACUCCAAUUGUCGCGACUAUAUAACCGAAAAAUUCUAUAUCAAUGGUCUCGGUCUCAAUUCAUUGGACUACAAUUUGAUACCCAUAGUGAUGGGCGCUCAUCGUGACGACUACACCCGUUUGGCGCCCAAACAUUCCUAUAUACACGUCGAUGACUUUGAAUCGCCUGAAUCACUGGCCAGAUAUCUUCACAUAUUGGCCACAAAUGAUGACCUUUACAAUGAAUACUUUGAGUGGAAGUCUGGCGGCGGCGAGUUUAUCAACACAUACUUCUGGUGUCGAGUGUGUGCACUACUGCACUCCCGUCACCCGAAACCAUCCCGCAGUUAUACAAACAUUGCCAAUUGGUGGUCACCGACCGGUAUUUGCAAUAAUAGUCCCUAUCGUAGAUGGACCUGAUGUUAGCACAGCAAUAGCAUUACCUACACUAACAAUAACUACCAAAUCUAGUCUACCAAAUGAUAUCACACAUGAUUAUUACCCGUAAUAACUGACUGCCGGUAAUGAUAACUAUAUAUAUAAGGAAACUACUAGUCUAUUGUCCAAAA